GUGGCUGAUGGUCACAAUGUACCUCUCACCAACUACAUGAACGCUCAGUAUUUUACUGAAAUUUCAAUUGAGACCCCGCCUCAGACCUUUAAAGUGGUUCUAGACACAGGAUCGAGUAAUCUAUGGAUUCCGAGUGUACAAUGUGCAUCGAUCUCCUGCUAUGGGCACAAACAGUACAACUCCCAGGCGUCGUCGACGUUUAUAUCAAAUGGGUCUCGAGAAGUCUCUAUCCCAUUUGGUUCAACCACUCCCCGGGGCGUUGUAUCAAACGACGUGUUCAACAUUGGCGAUUUGCGUAUCAGAGGUCAAAAUUUUGUAGAAGUGCCGUUAUUCUCAAUUACAAUAAUCAAGGUUCGACGGGAUAUUGGGCCUUGUGCACUCGAUGAUACCAUCUCCGUCCCAUCUCCUUUCUCCAACAUGAUCACGGAAAAACUCAUCGCCUCACCCGUAUUUUCCUUUCACAUCAGCACUGACACCUUCGAUAACUACGCCACUUUCGGAGGAAUCGAUCCCUCCGCUUACGUAGGUGACCUUUUGUACGUUCCGGUUACGCGCAAGGGCCGUUGGGAAGUUGACCUCCUGAAAAUUUCUUUUGAUAAUGAAGAGUUGGAUCUGGAAAGUGGAAUCACUGCUACCAUUGAUACUGGAGCAUCCUUCAUAAUUCUGCCCACCACCUUUGCAGACUUUCUGAAUAGCCAAAUAGGUGCGAAGAGGGGGACGACUGGUCAUUAUCAGGUUGCUUGCGCAAAAGUUGAUAGCCUUCCCGAGUUUUCGUUUUACUUUGGUGGUAAAGCGUACCCCCUCAAAGGAACCGACUACAUUCUCGAAAUUCAAGAUGCCUGCAUUUCACCCUUCGUAGGUUUGGAUAAUAAUUUUUCUGGAUCCGGUUCCCAGUGGUUUGUUGGGGCUGUCUUUCUCCGGAAGUACUACACCGUUUUUGACGCUGGAAGGGCGGCUAUCGGUUUUGCUACAUCUGUUUGA